GGCAUGUCGGCAGCCGGGAGCACUUCCAGCUCCCGCGGCAGCAGCAGCCUGCUGAGUCAUGUCGGGACCCAACCUUAGCAGCCUUGCUAUUGGAUUAGCCGGGAUGAGACAACAAUCUGCUCGCGCGUCAAAACCGCUGCAGCGCCGCUGAGCCCGGGCACAGGAAACACUCAGAGUACUGGGGAAGCCGCAGGAAGCCUCGACACAUGGACACAGAGAAAAAUCAGCCAUCAGCCUGCAGCCAAACGGAGAGCGUGUCGACGCGUGCUGCGUCGGGGGAUCCGCGGAGCACCCUCCGCAGGUAUCUGCUGCUGAAGUACGUGCAGGUUCUGCUGCUGCCGCAAGGGAACAAGCUUCUGCUGGCACUGGGAGCUCUGGCCAGCCUGCGCGCGGCCCUGCUGCUCAGCUCCCCUCGCGUCUCCAGCAAGGCCUCCAGUGUGCUGCUGGGACAGCUGGCUGCCGCCGAUGGGCUGCUACUGCUGCACUGGAGCCUUGGAGCACUAGGGGGGCUACUGGGCAACCUGACGGAGGGGCUGCUGGACACCCAUCACCUGGUCAGCCUGCUCUUCCUCAGCUGCCUGAGUCUCGAGGCGCUGCUGGUGAUGCGACAUGCGGAGCAGAGCAGGCGACUGCGUACAGUGCGCUGCGCCCGCCUCGCUAGCGCUGCCGUGUGGGCGUUGGGACUGGGCGAGCUGCUGGCCCUGCGAGCUGCUGAGCACAGAGAUACCCUGGGCCUGUGGGUGCCUCUGGCUGCACCCCUGUUCAGCAUCUGCAUGGUGGUUGCACCCCUACUGGCUACUCUCUCCCACUGCCUCAAAGGGGCACUGUGGCUGGCCAAUACCUGGAUUUACUACACACUGUUCUGCAAGAACCCCCCGCGCAGGAAAAGCAGCUUCCACUAGCAGGCAGAACACACGCUGGUGUGGAACUUCUCUGACAGUAGCAUAACACUGACUAUCUUAUUUAUACAAUUUAUUUAUAGUAGACACUGUUUAUUUAAGCAUGUCCUGAAUGGUAAAUAUUUUGUAAAUAGUGCAGCGCUGGUUAGAAGAAGCGCUGCCCCAGAGAUCGUAACAAUUUAUGAGUAUUUCCUGUUUUUCUGGAGCGCUGGAGCAAAGAAGGAUCUAUUUAUUCCUAAAAAAAUGAACAUACAUACCGAUGUAUAUUGUGUCCAAUGCUGUGAUAUAACUGGCCAAGAAAGUUGUACCCAAAAAGUGAGCAAUGAAGUCAUUGCUGUGGACGAUGAAGUGUGAAAAAGUGGGCGUUGCUCUGACAGACACACACACACACACACACACACUUUGCCCUUCUUCUCCUUUUCUUCUUCAGCUGCUCUUGCUGGAUACAGUCGUUUGGGAAUAAUUGCUCCAGCAACGGUCUUAAUGCCCCACUGGGGUUUGAACUGGACAGUGGGGGGUACGAGGAGGGAGGAUAGCAGAAUAACAUGAUGAGUAAUGGAAUAGCUGAGGUUUGUUGGAAAUUUCAGGGGUGUCCCAAUCACAAGGGUCAUAUCCUUUGUCAGCGGUGACUCUCUUGUUUUUGUUUUCAUCUGACGCAAAGCAAAGCUCUUGGGAUGUGUUACACUGCUAUUAUUCCAUAUGAACAUUGAUUUUGUAGCCCAGGCUGACUGCAUAUUAUCAGUUUCACUUGAGAUUCUAUCACACUGGAAAUAAAACUUUA